AUGUGGCAGCAGCGCAAAGCGCAAGGCAGUCAAGCUCGAAGAGGAGGCGAGGCUGUCUUCUCUGCGACAAUCGAUUUUAAUCCGACCUACGGACAGCUGGACGGAGCCGUCGUCCCUGAGGGUCAGAGCAUCCCGGACAUCAACCAAUUAGGGAAGACGUCGACGCAGAUCCCCAACCAACCAGACUCAACAGGACAUCAAUACGACUCGCACCAACUUGAAGGGGAGGCAGAAACAGCUGCAGGAGACGUGCCAGAAAGCGCAGGACAAAAUUUUCAGAACAUGACGAAAUGCGUAGAAGACAACGCCGACGCCGACGCCGACGCCGACGCUUUCAGCUCCCCUGAAGCCGUUGCCGUGACCCUUGAGGCGUUAGGGAGGGAGAAGGUGUGGAAGAACGGGCAGACUGUGGGGCAGAUUGGGAAUUUUCGGCUACAGACGGGGUCUCACUGA